UCACCUUGCGUUUGCUGAAAUGAAGACUGUGCGUUCUACACUUCUCCUGCUACUGUUCCUGCCUCUGACACAGCCAGCACCACAAACUCUGAUGGACUCACACAUUAACUAUGAGUAUGGAAUAGAUAAUUUUGAAGAAGCCAAAUUUAGCCAGGACUAUGAAGAUAAAUACCUGCAUGGAAAAAAUAUGAAGGAAAAGGAGACUGUGAUAAUUCCUGAUGAGAAAAGUCUUCAGUUACAAAAAGAUGAGGCUGUACCAUCAUUAUCCACCAAGAAAGAAAAUGAUGAAAUGCCCACAUGCCUGCUGUGUGUCUGUUUAAGUGGCUCUGUCUACUGUGAAGAAGUUGACAUUGAUGCUGUACCACCAUUGCCAAAGGAAUCAGCUUAUCUUUAUGCACGAUUCAACAAAAUUAAAAAGCUGACCGCCAAAGAUUUUGCAGAUAUGCCUAACUUAAGAAGACUUGAUUUUACGGGAAAUUUGAUAGAAGAUAUAGAAGAUAGUACUUUUUCAAAACUGUCUCUGUUAGAAGAACUUACACUUGCUGAAAACCAACUACUAAGGCUUCCAGUUCUUCCUCCAAAGCUUACCUUACUUAAUGCUAAACACAACAAAAUCAAGAGUAUUAAAGCAAACACAUUCAAAAAACUGAAUAAGCUCUCUUUCCUCUAUUUGGACCAUAAUGAUCUGGAAUCUGUGCCUCCUAAUUUACCAGAAAGUCUACGUGUAAUUCACCUACAGUUUAACAGCAUAUCUUCAAUUACAGAUGAUACAUUCUGCAAGGCUAAUGACACUCAUUACAUUCGGGACCGUAUUGAGGAGAUUCGCCUGGAGGGCAAUCCAAUUGCUCUGGGAAAGCAUCCAAACAGUUUUAUUUGCUUAAAAAGAUUACCUAUAGGAUCAUACUUUUAAACACCAUCAAUGAAGUUUAUAGUCUAAAGUACGUGUACCUAACAUCUAAAGAAACAUAAAUAUUAGUUUAAGAUUAUCAUUUUAUCUCACUAUGAUAGAAUUUUAUGUUUAAACAAAGAUGUCCAAAAUUCUUAUAUGUAACUACAAAAUAAUCCAGAUCGAAUCUCUUGGUUCAAAACAAAAUGAUGUGAAACUAAACAGCACUAAAAACCCCUUGUAGUUUACACUAGACUGCCAUCUAAAUAGCAUGCUUUUAUACAAACACUUGCAUGAGAUACACCAUUCCCAUGACUAACGAAGUAAGAGAAUUCCAAGAAACUUUCAACUGUCUUUCUUAACAUUUACUGUAUCUCAAAGGCAUUUAAGGCAGAUGUUCCAAAAAACUGUGAAAAUCCAAGUGUUCAAGUGACCUUCCAUUGACUUCAUGAUUCAUCCACAUUCUCCAAAAAGCAGAAACUUUCUUUCUGUUAAGGCAGCUAUUUUACUGUAUUUCUCACUUAGCCUAAGAAAAGGGUAGCCACAUGUAGGCAAAAUUUUCCAGAUAAAGUAAAACUUACUCUUUGGUAUAGAAACAAUUUAGAAAAGUUAAUCUUCUGCUUUGUGGUCACACAGUCUCUAGAAAAUUACUUAAAAAAACUUAGUAAGAAAAAAAUCAAAAUUCUACCCAUUCCUCAGAGAAUAUAUAGUUCCUUCCCUCUAAAGAUUCUCAAAUAUGAAAUAAAUGUAAACUUUUCACAGUAUAAGAAUGAUUUAAUCAAUAAAUGUGUUCAAAUAUAAGAAA